GGCUGGUACCUCAUCCUCCCCUCCGCAUUUCCUCUGCUUUAUCCUCACAUGUCUUGUUCUGUCUUAUCCUGAAGAUUGCACAUGAAUGUGUUCCACCCCACUCUUUCAUUUUUAGCUCCCCCUCCCCUCUACCCCCUCCUCCACAUAGCCCUCCCCUCUCCUGUAUGAGUUGGAGGUGCUCAGAGUUGUGCUUCUACCUCUAAGAUUGGAUGACAUCUGUGCCAUACCUCGUGCAGAGGAGGAUUCCAUCCCUGAGCUGCAUUCAGUGGGAAUGAGGACCUGGACAGCUGGGAGAUCACCUAUUCUUAUCCAGUUCUAGAGUUCGGGGCAGAAUGGAUUGCCUGCAUCUAGUAUUCCUAUUUUUAUUGAUCUUAUUAUCCAACACCAGUAAAGCAGAUGAUUCCGAUCAGGAGGGCAUAACUUGGCACAACAAGGAAAUACCUCACAUAGUCACUUCAGAUGUUGUCCACCUAAGCAGCCCAAAAUUUGAAGCAGAACCAAAUCUAGAACUCCAUGGAACCUGUGGUAUUGAAUGCCAGAAGAAACUGCCACCACCUACUCUACAAGAUCUUGAAAACUAUUUGUCUUUUGAAAGUGUGUAUGACAAUGGUACACGUACCAUGACAAAAGUAAAUGUCCAAACCUGGUUUUCUGGAAGUCUCCAUCAGAGUAAUGUAUCAGCAAAACACAACAUGCGUAAAAAGCGACAAGUUUAUGGCACAGAUAGUAGGUUUAGUAUAUCAGACAAACAUUUUAUGACCAACUACCCCUUUAGUACUGCAGUUAAAUUAUCUUCUGGCUGCAGUGGUAUCCUUAUUUCACCAAAACAUGUUCUAACAGCUGCCCAUUGUGUACAUGAUGGUAAUGAUUAUGUUAAAAAUUCGAAAAAACUACGCGUUGGGAUUCUUAAGAUUAAGACAAAGAGGGAUGGCAAAAGAAAUAGAGGAUCAAAGAAAAACAAAGGAGAUACCUCUGAUGAUGCUAGUUCAACAAAGGAUGGUAAAAAACAAAGAAGAAAGUCCAUGCAAAAAAGGUCCGUAGCAGAUGUAGACCAAAAAUUCACAAGUUCUGGGAAAGAAAAAGGCUCCAUCCCUGGAAAGCCUUCCUUCCAGUGGACAAGAGUAAAAGCUAUUCAGAUUCCUAAUGGCUGGUUGAAGGAUGUAUCAAAAAACAUGACUCUUGACUAUGACUAUGCAGUUCUGGAAUUAAAGCGCAAGCAAAAGAAGACGUUUAUGGAGAUUGGAAUUAGUCCAGAAAUUGACAAGAUGUCAGGGAGCAGAGUACAUUUCUCAGGAUUUGAUGAUGACAGGGCUGGGCAGUUGGUAUAUCGGUUUUGCAGCGUUUCAGUGGAAUCAAAUGAUCUAUUUUAUCAGUAUUGUGAUGCAGAACCUGGCUCUAGCGGUUCUGGUAUUUACAUCCGUCUCAAAGAGCCAAAUAAGAAGAAGUGGAGCAGGAAAAUCAUUGCCAUCUAUUCUGGUCACCAGUGGGUGGACGUUGGCGGAGAACAGCAGGAUUACAAUGUUGCCAUCAGAAUUACUCCACUGAAGUAUGCACAGAUAUGUCUCUGGGUACAUGGAAACAAUGCUGAUUGUUCUCAAGGAUAAACUUUAGCUCAUGGUUGAAAACUCAGAGCCGCACAGAAAUAAAAGUCUUGGAGAAGGCCAUCCACUGCUUUAACAUGGGUCCAGGAGAUUUUUUAGAGGAAAGCACUUCAUGAAAAUGUGCAAGACUUUAUUAGAUAAAAUUGAUACACUGCUACCUACAUGUCAUCAGAUUUGGAUUUUGAAUGAAGUAUGCAAUCCCUACAUUGUAGGUUGUUCUGCUCUAUAUUUAUUGGAAGGCAAUCAACUACUCCACUUAAGACACGUGGUAUUCUCAGGACAGCUAUUCUUGUUACUGCAUUUCUUCACACAAUUUUAAAGAAGGUUUAUAAAGUUCACCCUAAACAAUUUGGCUUGUUCUGAGCUCAGCAGUUCUACAAAAGGAGUACAAAAACACAAAAAUAUAUUGUUUACAAGUAAGCAGGUUAUCAAAUUAUAGGAGCAGAGUAGGUGCACCAGUAUGCACAUAGCUGAUUGCCUUCUGCAGUUAGCCACAUAAAUAGGCCAUCGUUAUUGUACCUCUACUUACUGAAAUACUUAAACUCUGAAAAACCCUUCUUCUGUGCUUUAGUUUUACCAUUGCAUCUCGAAGCUCAAUAAGGUCAUCUGAUUCCUGUAAUAGUGGACACCAUAACCCCAUUGAGUUAAAAUAUUUAAAGUAUUACAUACUUUGUGGCAGAAGGAUGUUGGAAAGCUAAGCUUGGUGCUAUUAUAAAGUGAUUUCAUUAACUUCAAAUGAACUUCAAACUCUAGCUGGUAAAGAUCUGACAUAUUCACAAACACAAUUGAGUACAUUUUAAAGUAAAAAUAACAAGGAAACAGGCUUCUAUUAUUCAUUUGCUUGAAAACAAAGAUAUAUGUAGAAUUAAGCAAAUUGGAUGGACAAAUUCACCUAUGUUGUAUCUAUGUACAUCAUGCAUUUUGUGAUCAUUAGAGGGGAUACACAAACACAGGGAAUUAUUGUAUAAAUUAGAGAAGGAAAUCAGCCUUCGUGCUGAUCAUUUAGCUUCAAUAUAUUGGGAUUAAUUUACUAAAGGCAAAUAGACUAUUCACUUUGCAAGGGAAUUUGCCCCAGAGCUUAGUCAAUAUGGAGAAAUUUUCACUUGCAAAGAAUACCAACCAUUUGCAAGGAAAGUUUUAAAAAAAAACCUGCAUUUUUACUUGCACAUGAUUGGAUGAUGGAUGUCGGAAGAGCUUCACCUCACUCAAAGUGCAACUUCUUAUGCAAAGUGAACAGCCAAUUUGUCUUUAAUAAAUUGACCCUUUUGACCCAAAACUCGAGAUAAGUAUACAAAUAAGGACUUUUGAUUAUACACGGACUUCACUUAUCUGUAUACUUGUUCCAGUGCAGUGGCUCCAAAGUUUUUGAAACCAGUGGAUCGGCCUAAUAGUAAGGCAACAACCAUUUUCAGAAUGGGAUCAGCAGUAAAGUUUACCUUGCUAGAGUGUUUUUCAGUUUGUGUAAAUGUGUACAAAUACUUGAUGCAAUAUAACUAAACAGCAAUGCUUGCAAUAUUUACUAUGGAAACCAACUUUUACAGAAUUAAUGUGCACAAAAAUUGUACAGCUGUUGCUUAUGAGGACUCAUUUCCACUUGGGCAAUUUAAAAGCCAAUAAUGUCUAUGGGAACUUUUCACUUCUUGGUGCUGAUGCAUGUUUAGGAAAUAUUUGUAUAGUAUUGAGUUCAGUAAUACACAUUUUUUAGGUUUGCAGAAAUGCAUUGUUUAUAUUGUUUAUUUUCCGUGCAUCAGCACAAUGAAAAUCGAUUAAAAGUUUUUUUUACUUGA